CGGACUUCAAAUUACACAAUUCCAUUGGUCCGCUACGAAAAUAUAGAGAAAUGUCCACUCUGCUAACUGACACAACGUAAACAACAGAAAGUCAUAAAGUACACUCCAACUAACGUGCGGUGCAGCAGAAACGAAACGAAGACGGGCAAACUUUCCUUUUUUUUUUUUAACUAAAUCAAAGAUAUUUUUGUAAUAUGACUGAAGAAAACAGAAAAUUCCUAUACAAGCAGGUUGAAUGUUCCCCACUUUCUAUACGCUCAAAGUCAAGGUCCUUAUUUUCCGACAUCCGUCGUGAGAAAAGAGAAAAAACUGUGUCAACAAAAAGGUUUCGUAAUGAGAAAAAAGAUGCAACUGACUCAACAGAAAAGCGAGAGUACACCGUCGAGAUGGUUAAAAGUAUAUCAAAGAGUAUUCAGAAGAAAUCUAGUAACACUGAAGAUCAACUAAAAUAUCUACGAAAUGCAUUUUCAUAUACGAAGGACUUUGUUGAUGCCUUUCUGAGUGUAGAUAAUUCAUUAUAUAGUCUUGUCGGCUACCUGACUGGCCCUGACUCGACCUUACAACUUGAAGCUGCUUGGUGUGUCACAAACAUGUCAGCGAAUGAUCAUGAGCAUAUGCCAAUGAUAGUAAAAGCAACUGCACCUUACUUGGUCACCUAUUUACAAAGUGGUAGUGUGUUGUUGCAAGAUCAGAGCGGAUGGGCGUUAGGAAAUAUGGCGGCAGAUGGUGAGGAAAUAAGGAAGGUGUUGAAAGCACAAGGGGUGAUAUCACCAUUGAUAUCAUUGGUUAAGAGUGACACUGAUGGAGUGAUACAAUCAUCUUUAUUCGCGUUGUGCAACAUGGCUAAAAGUUUGCCCAUCAUAGAAACCGAUCUUCUAAAUUCGGAUUUAUUAGAUACAGUGCAGAAAAAAAUUUCUGAUGAAAAUACAGAUCUCAAUAUUAUAUGUGAGUUGGCAUGGCUGUUGAGUUAUAUGUCGGCCGAAGAUUCUUUCUGUAAAGUGAUUGUAAAGACAGGGAUCUUGCGCCAUGUUGUGCACUGGUUGUGUAAGGUUCGACCUCACCAACAAGAAUAUCUGUUCGCUGUUACACCACUGUUGAGGUGUCUUGGUAAUCUAAUCGGUUUGGAUCCAAACAUUCUAAUUGAUAUCAUAUUACCUUACGAGAAUGGCAUGUUGCUUCCAACCCUCAACACGUUCUUAGUUUCCAACAAGCGGCAUUUAAUCAAAGAGUCGUUGUGGGUUUUGUCGAAUAUUUUCUCGUGCAAGCUGGAGAAGAAGCACGUGGAAGAACUGCAAUUGGCCCUGCCAAAUGUGUCCAGACAUCUCGUGUCAGCGUAUGAGAUUAAAAAAGAGGCGGCGAUUUGUAUGUGUCAUAUCGCGUAUCGCGACGACGAUCUAGCAGGAGCUGUAAUCGAGCGGACAAUCUUUGAGAAUCUGAUAGACUUUUUAAAAAUUCCCGACAAUGAGAUGAAGUGCUUAGCUUUACAGUUUUUCGAAAUCACACUGUCCAAUCCAAAUGCUGUUCCUUUGUUUUUGCAGUGUAAUGGACCCUCCUACUUAGAGGCUUUAGAGUAUAACGAAAAUGAGGAGAUUCGAAACAAAGCUGUUUAUUUGCAGAGGACUUAUUAUGAGAAGGAAGACGAAGAAGAAGAACAAGUACAGGAGUAACAAUAGAAUGACAAGUAGACUACAAUAAAUUGAAUGCGCGCGGUUGUUCUGUAGAAUAUCAUUUCUUGUUCUGCAAAGUAAGAUUUGCGAGGAUUAAAAGAGGAAAUUGUUGGCUAACCUAUGAUGAAGCUAGAAAUAGUUAAAAAAUAAGUAUUUUUUUCAGGCGAUUUUGCUCGUGUGUUUUAUUUAUUUAAAACAUCUGGAUACACAUGAAUUUCUCGAUGUCGUAAUUUGAUUUUUGUUUGUUUUUUUAGUACCAUAAAUUCUAUUGCGGGUCGAAAUUCUGUAAUUAAAGGAAAACUGUCAACACAUAUUAUUCGUUAUGAAACUUCAUGUUAUAAUUUAUUAAAACGACAUAUGAGAAUCGCAUGAAAUUUUAAGCUUCAAGUCACGUUUAUUCGUAACAUUUUCGUAUCAUCAUUGUACUUUACUUUUAGUUUUCUUUUCAACUACAGUUUUGGCCCUGUUCACACAGCCUUAAAACCACUAAGGUUAGUCAUCCAAAUAAAAUAAGUACUGGCCUAUAAUACGAGCGAUCAUUUUUUUUAACGUUGUUAGAUAUUGACGUUGUUUCUUUUGUUUUUAUCCUGUGAUUAAAAAAAUGAAAACAGUAUGAUAACUAGAUUGUAAAUUUUUUUUCAAUUUUUCAUUUAAUAAAUGAAGUUGCCAGAA